CUCACAGCAGUCGGUUAAGGCGUCGGUGGUUAUUUAUAUAAUAAUAAGUUUUGUCAAAUCAUUGAUUUAAGAAAAAUGAAAAGUUUAAUCAUCGUCCUCGUUUUAUCGAGUUCCUGUCUCGGAGACGUCUCACAUAUUUUAUCAGAAUAUUCUUCGACGACAAUUACCAGUACGUUACCACCAUCCACCACGUUAUCUCCAAAACCCUAUAGUUUUCAAUACAAAGCGGGACGAUAUCCAGGACACGUUGAUCGAACUCAUGAAGAAUCCGGAGAUGGUUCUGGAACCAUUUAUGGAUCUUAUUCGUUCGUUGAUCCUAAGAACACAGUUCGAAGAAUAGAAUAUGUAGCUGACCAAAAUGGAUUUCAUCCGUCGUUGAUAAAUUACGAAGAUACGCUUAGACAACCCGUUGAUUCCGAAGCUGUAAAACUCGCUAAGGAAAGGCAUUUUCAACUUUACGAAAAAUUGGCUGAAGCCAAUGCGCACGAUGUUCCAAUCAAUAUUCCAAGGGACACUGCUAGUGUGUUAAAAGCAAAGGACAAACAUUUUCAGCUUUAUCAAAAGAUAGCUGAAGAACACGCGGCUAUUGCAUCUCAAAGAAAAGCGGAGCGCGCAGCGUACGAGGCAACAUCGGUUAUUAACGAUGUUAAUGAAUAUCAAACGUAUUAAAAAUGCUUAUUAAAAAAAUAGCAUUUUUCAAAUAGUAUUUCUACUUUAAAUCUUGUCAAAUAUCUAAGUAAGAACGAAUGUGCGCGAUGCGAAUUUGAUAAGAAUAAAUAACAUAGGUGUAUUAUUAAUAAUUAACAACACGUGAAUCAUGCACACAUGAAAUGUCCAUUAGUGAUUACCGGAAGUUUCGCUAUAUGUAUUAAAAAAAAGAAAAUAAAUACUAUAAUUACAGUAUGUGUUGGUAUAAAAGUCUAAGCGUGACAAAAAGUACAAUUGUUAUUUUUCAUAUGUCCGCAAGGAUGAAGUUCCUUCAAGGUUUUUGGUUAUUGCUUUUUGCCAUAUUCUGUAUCACGAUCGUAAUGGGUAGGAGCAUCGAUGGUACCGAACAUGCUUUUCUCAAAUCUAAAAGUAUUGCUUGUUACGGUCGUGGUCGUGGAACGGGGAAUACCGGGGGCAAUACCGGGGGCAAUACCGGGGGCAAUACCGGAGGUAAUACAGGGGGAAGCGACGGAGGAACAGGAACUGAUGGGAACGGAGCUAAUGGUGCACCAGGAGCUAUGAAUCCUAUGGCUAUGGCACAACGAGCAAUGGGUACGAUGAUGAACAUGAUGUCAAAUAUGAAUCCAAUGGGCUAAAUGGCAUAUUCGUUUGAAAUUAUUGUAUUCUCUAUCGAAUCAACUAACAAAUGUGACAUUAUUAGUACUUUGUAAUAAUAGAUCUUUUUGUUCUUCCAAAUAUUACUAUUAAAUAAUAAUCAAUGGAAACACACGAUUAUCCUAAUUAGUAUUGAAAUAAAUCCAAAUAUGGUUAAUAUUCACGUCAACGAAUAAAGAAUUUAUUUAACAAUAA